UUUCAACUGCGCUAUCAUUUUGAUGAAGGCAUUACAUUGACAUCAGCAUGUCUGAAAAAAUGCUGAUAUUUUGCCUUCUGUGGGCAAGUGUGGAUGUGUGUGAGUGUGAUCUGGCCAUGUUUGGGGAGGUUUCUUCUCCACAGUACCCUAACCCAUAUCCAGUGGAUUUCAUGCAACAUUGGAAGCUGGAGGUGCCGGAUGGGUAUCAGAUCCAGCUAACUAUCAAUCACCUGGACAUUAAGCCUUCUCCAAACUGUUGCAACAAUUUUCUCAUGGUUGUGUUUAAUAAUAAGGUUCUGUGGAAGUUUUGUGGACAGAAUUUCACAGACAGGUUUCAUCCCGGUGAAAAGCCCAUCUUGGCUCCCGGUUCUCAUCUGCAGCUCUUUUUUCUGAGUGAUGAUUCAAACCUUAAAUCACACACAGGAUUUACUGCAUCCUACAAGGCUGUUGCUGUGGAUUGUGGCAUUCCAGAACUUUCAGAAUUAAUGGAGCUCUCAGAAAAAGAUCCUCCGACAACUUAUCUAAAACAAAUCAGUCUCAAGUGCAAAUCUGAAUUUUAUCAAUUAGAUAAAAAAGGUAAUUUUACCUGCAAUGCAGAAGGUAACUGGGUGUCUGAGAAUGGCGAAAAGUUAACAAAAAUUUUUCCUAAAUGUGAACCAGUAUGUGGAAUAAAUAUGGAGGACUUGUCUGCUGGAAGAGUCUUUGGUGGGAAGCCAGCAAGAUCAGGAGAGAUUCCCUGGCAGCUCCUCCAUAAGUCCAGCCCUAGAGGUAGUGCAACUCUGAUCAGUGAUUACUGGGCUCUGACAGCAGCUAGCCUGGUGGAUGGAAAUGAAAACCGCAACAUGAGUUGGCUUGGAGGAAUAGUUAAUGCUCAGGAUACAAAUGCAGUUUUUAUGGAAACAGAAAAGAUCAUAAUUCACCCAAAUUAUAAGAAGGUUGAUAAAGAUGGGCGUCAGUCAGACUUUAAUAAUGAUAUUGCUCUGAUAAAAAUGUCUGCUAUGGUACCUCUUGGUCCAAACAUCAGGCCGGUGUGUUUGCCAAAGAAAACAGAUGAAGCUGUUAAAGAGGGCAUGAUGGGAACAGUUUCAGGUUUUGGAGUUUAUGGAAGGACUGUAAGUAAAUUAUUACGUUAUGGUCAUGUUCAUGUAUACAGUCUCAAGAGUUGUGUUUCAGGUGAUUUGCCAGUCAGUGAUAACAUGUUCUGUGCUGGAGAUGAUGUUCAUGGUAUUGACAGUUGUAGUGGAGACAGUGGAGGUCCUCUGUUUUUCCCAAUGCUGGGCGAUGGAACUGAAGAGCAUCGCUAUGUGGUGAAAGGCAUUGUGUCUUGGGGUCCUAUAUGUGCUAAAACAAUCACUAAAGGUUAUUACACUAAAGUGCAAAACUACCUGGACUGGAUUGAAGAAACGAUGGCAAAAAAUUCAUAAUGUGAGAUAUUAUUAAUGUCUAGUUAUAUAUAUGAUCACUUAAAAUUAUGGCCAUUAUGAAAAAAAGUCAAUUGUUAUAAUUUGUCUUCUAAUGAAUGUAAAUGUCCCUGUAUUUUAAGGCAAAAAAAAGUUAAACAGGACCCUUCACAUGUAUACAUUGUGUAAAAGUUCAUUAAAAUAAACUAGCUAAAAGUUUUAUUAAA